CGCGUAUGUGCAGUAAACUUGUCAUUUGAUAUUUUAGUCUAACUAAUUGUACUAUCGAUACAAAUCGCGUCUUUCAGAGUGCAUGAUAUUCCUCAAAAAUGUCCUUCCAGACCGUCAAUAAUCCCGAUAUACCCUAUGUGGGCGAAGUCGAAGGAGGACUUUUCCCUGGAAAAAUGGUGAAAAUCCAGGGAAAAGUUCCAUCAGAUUCAGUCCGAUUUGCCAUAAAUUACCAACUCGGUCCAAAUUUGAAUCCCAGAGACGAUAUUGCGAUCCACCCUUUAAUUUUAAUUCGCUGCAUUUUUAUAGUUUAA